GUCAGGGUUACAUGCGCGAGUAUGUAACAGCCAGUAACAGAUCUAGAGCCAGGCCAGGGUUUCCGUGUGGACAACAUUCCCAAACCGCCGAGACGACGACCGACUGAGCCGACUGGCGCAAUAACUGGCUUUCUCAAACACACAUAUACUUUCCCUUCGUUUGCCGUCCACCUUGUCCGUCCGGAGUUCAUCGAAUUUGCAUCGAAACAGAGCUGAAGUGAUAUAGGACCGCUUACUACGGACAAUCUGCCUGAUGGAAAAGUACCAGAAAAUAGAAAAGCUUGGUGAAGGCACAUAUGGAAUCGUAUAUAAAGCACAAAACAAAGAUACCGGCGAUAUUGUGGCUCUGAAGAGGAUACGACUCGACAAUGAAGAGGAGGGCGUGCCAUGUACAGCAAUACGGGAAAUAUCACUACUGAAAGAGCUGAAGCAUCCCAGUAUCGUGCGGCUGUACGACGUGAUCCACACGGAGAAGAAGCUCACCCUUGUGUUUGAGUACCUGGACUCGGACUUGAAGAAGUUUCUGGACUCAUGUGGCGGGGAUAUCGAUGUGCCGACGUUGAAGCAUCUCAUGUACCAGCUGUUAACCGGCAUAGCAUUCUGCCAUGAGCACCGAGUGUUGCAUCGGGAUCUGAAACCACAGAACCUUCUCAUCAACAAGAAGCUCGAUCUCAAACUGGGAGACUUUGGGCUGGCGCGCGCGUUUGGGAUACCUGUUCGGAGUUACUCGCACGAGGUCGUGACAUUAUGGUACCGCGCCCCCGACGUCCUCAUGGGAUCACGGCAGUACUCCACGUCAAUAGAUCUGUGGUCUGCGGGGUGUAUCAUGGCAGAAAUGGCAUCAGGACGGCCAUUGUUUCCUGGAAGCUCCAUUAAAGACCAGUUAAUACGCAUUUUCAAGGUGAUGGGGACGCCUGAUGAGAAGACGUGGCCAAAGAUCAAAGAGUUGCCGGAAUACAAGUCGGACUUCCCCAUCUACGCACGCACGUCCCUGGAUCGGAUGCUCAACAAACUAGACGCCAACGGCCUCGACCUGCUGUCGAAACUGAUUGAGUUCCAACCGGAGAAGCGGAUAAGUGCCGAGAAGGCUUUGUUACAUCCAUAUUUCAAGGGGAUAGCACCUAAGGAAGGGGAUACGAGUGGCGAGUAAGGAUGGUGCGGACGAUGGAGACUGGAGCAGCGGCCGGAAGGGAAGACUGCUGCUGCACAUCCGUGCCCGUUCGCUUCUUCAAGAACGCAACACUCGCUGGGAAGUUUAUCUUCCCCUCCCACUCAUACGCCGACCGCCUUUGGGCAGCAAACCCGGUCUAAGUCAAAGCUUGCUAUGACAUCCAUUUACCAGCCUCAGCCUCAUCCCAUUGUGAUGUACACAUCCAUAUACCAACCACACCCGAGCGAUGUGACCGCUCUUUCAUGUAUAUUGUGAAUACUUCUCUACGAAUUGUAUACAAACCGAAUAAUGGUGGGAUGUGUGAUGGAUGUAAAAUUUAGUUUGAUGUCCGUGCAUGUAAAAUUUGAUGUCCACGCUGGUCAAUCCGCC